CUCUCAUACUAUCUCUCUAUAUUAUAAACCUUCUAAUCUUAUAUUCAACAGUCACAUGCUCCUGAUUAAGUAAUUAGUCGGUCUUAGACCCUUGUCGUCCACUUUCCAUCCUCCUGCCGCUCGAUCGAUCCUGACCUUGAGGUUGAUGAGGUUGAGCAAUAAUGGGCACAGAAGAUACAAGUUUCUCCUGCAAUAUCUGCGGGGGCCGCCCCCAACAUACAAAAACCUUAUCAAACAGUCCUCGCUCCAGUAUCUUGACGAAGCAAACCAAAUUAGCGACCAUGAGGCAUUUUGAUGAUUACUGCAAUUGUGGAGGGCAACAGGAGCAAGUAUGUACUGAGCGGUGUCGGCAGGGCAUACUUGAAACCAGCCUAAGACUGCAAACCAGGACGGGGAUUCGAGAUUCUGCAAUGCUAUGUUUGGAUAUGACUCUGCCUACCUUGCCGCAACCGGGCUCAAAAAUGGCGGACAUGUAACGUUUAUAUUUAAGGCACCUAGACACGCCGUGCUAAGGGCAGGAUAGUUCAUGAAUGUCUCUGCCCCAGAAAGCUAUUGUCCCCAUAAAUGUCUCAAAGGAAGCACCCCGAGUGC